ACAACCAAAAGCCGUCAAAUCAUCGUCUGGUUGAAACAUUUCCAACGAAAAGCAUUUUGUUUUGUUAUAGUAAUUCAAAUUCAACCUAAAAAUGAGUACGAUUGGCACUGGUUAUGACUUGUCGGCAUCGCAAUUCUCGCCGGAUGGCCGCGUCUUUCAGAUCGACUAUGCAUCCAAAGCUGUGGAGCGGAGCGGCACCGUCAUUGGCAUCAAAGGCAAGGACAGUGUGAUCCUGGCUGUUGAGAAAAUUGUAACGGAUCAGCUUUAUGAGUCGGAUGCAGCGAGGCGCAUUUUCACAAUUGAAAAGAACAUUGGCAUGGCCAUCGCAGGACUCAUGGCUGAUGGCUACUAUGUGGCAGAUAUUGCUCGCCAGGAGGCAGCCAACUUCCGCCAACAGUUCGAGCGCACCAUACCACUGAAGCAUCUGUGUGAUCGCGUGGCUGGCUACGUUCACGCCUACACAUUGUACAGCGCUGUGCGUCCGUUUGGUCUAUCCAUAAUCUUUGCGUCCUGGGAUGAGGUCGAUGGACCUCAGCUUUACAAAAUUGAGCCUUCUGGCUCGUCCUUCGGUUAUUAUGCAUGCGCAAGCGGCAAAGCAAAGCAACAGGCCAAGACGGAAAUGGAAAAAUACAAGUUCGCCGAUAUGAACACUGAUGAGUUAGUGAGAAGUAGUGGUAAAAUUAUCUAUCAGGUGCACGAUGAGUUGAAGGACAAGGAUUUCCUAUUUGAAAUGGGCAUUGUGGGCAAGGAGACAAAUGGUGUUCACCUUAUCAACAACGAUGCCUGGACUCAGUUGGCAGUUGAAGCAGGCGAAGCUGCUAAGAAUGCGGAUGAUAGCGAGAAUGAAAUAUAAGUUAAAUACAAUGUAAAUGUACAUCUGAUUCUAAAUCGGUUAAUCGUAAGAUUUUCUAUUUCAAAUGAAAAAGGUUCUUGGCCGGAAUUCGAUUAAAUGCUUAACAUGUAUUUGCGAAGCUCUUUAACAAA